CGUUUUUCAGGGGAUGUGAUCUACUACACCUAUAAGGUCCCUGAGGGAGAGAGACAUGACAGUGCUGUGAAGAGAAAUAGAGAGGCUCUGGCUGCUGAGAUCAAGCUGUGGGAGGGAUACCUGGAGAAGGGAUCAGGCUCUUUCAUGGCAGGAAAGACCUUUUCACUGGCUGAUGUGGUUGUUUAUCCAAGCAUCGCUUCUCUCUUCCAUUUUCAGUUAUGUGAAGAG